GCGAUUACUUUUCUGUUGAAGUGCAAACUUCGCUAUAGGAUGCAAAGCGCAAGUCCAAAAUUAAUGUUUAAGCUGUCCAUGGUAACCGAAAUAUGAUAAAACGAGCCGGACGGGAAUUGAUCAAUACAUAUUAUAUUGAGAAUCGCAGAAAGAACCAUUUCAUUUUGAAUAUUAACUUUUAUAAAAUUGGGCAAAGUCAAAUGACCACUAUUAAAAAUGUGGUGGAUCUGGAUGACAUGUUCUACGAAAGUCUUUCUCUGGGCUUGGCAAAGAAAUUUGCAGAUUGCAUACCUCGUAUUACCAAUGUAACUUGUGAGAAGCGUUUACCAUGUGAGAAGGCCCAAGUUACUGCUUGGGAAUCAAGGCACAACAUUUACCUUCCAGAUGACAUGAAACGAUUCUAUUUGUCUACCGAUGGAUUUAAUUUCUACUGGAGCUAUCAGUACUCUCCAAAUGACAUCCGCCGUGUGGGACAUAUCCAUUUUCCUCAUUUGAUUCAGAUAACUCUUGUUCGUGACAAUAUUGAUACCAUCCUUAGUUCCAGCCCGAACACUGCCGUGACGAUUCCACCAAUCAUUCGUCAGUCUAAUUACAUCGAUUCUACUUCGGGAUAUCUCAAUCACCUGAACCUAAACUCCAGAAGUAAAAUAUUCGAACUGAGCACCAUUACUGACCUAGCGAAAGUUUGUCUGGUCUACGAAACUCCGGAAUCCUCAAAUCCGAAAAUAUUCCUCUUGGAGAUGGGUACAUUCAAGUGGCAAUUCUUGGCGGAUACUUUCACCGAGUAUUUGCGGAUGAGCAUAGCCCAUCUUGGUUUGCCAUACUGGGAGCUGUGCUUUUCGAGCUGUGGGUUGCCUUCCUGGACUGAACAGUUAUUUUUGCUACUCGCUCCUCAUUUACUGGAGAAAAAUGAAAAUCGUAGGCUGAAAAACAUUGUUUGCGUUAAUGAAAAUCCACCGUACAAUGUCCUUGAUCCGGCCGUUUUCAGAACAAAGCCACGUUGUUCGAGACAAAGUCAGAAGAAUCGUAUAAACAAUUAGUUACGAAAAAAAUGGCCGCGAUCGGAAUGUUUAUUUCACAUAUGGAUAAUGUACAAUAAUUUAAUAAACGAUAUAUUUGCAUCUA